AUGUGGGAUGGAAGUGUGGGUUUGAGUGUGGGUUUGUGUGUAUGUGGGUUGGGAGUGUGGGUUUGCGUGGGUUUGGGUAUUGGUUGGGAGUGUGAGGUACGUGGGUUUGUGUGUGGGUUUGGGUGUGGGUUAGGAGUGUGGGUUUGCGUGAUGUGGGUGUUUGGGUUGGGAGUGUGGGUUUGGGUGUGGGUUGGGUAUGGUGUGGGUUUGGGUGUGGGUUGGUUUGGGUGUGGGUUUGGGUGUGAGUUGGGAGUGUGGGUUGGGAGUGUGGGUUGGGAGUGUGGGUUGGGAGUGUAUGAUGUGGGUUUGGGUGUGGUUGUGAGUGUGAGUUUGGGUGGGUCUAUCUGGAAUAAAAAAUUACUGGCUAGUUAA